CCGAUUCAAAUAUCUUACAUAAGCGUUUGAUGUUUGAUGCAAUAAAAGUGUUUUUAAAAACAUUUGUCCCGUCGGAGGUUUAUCUAAAACGUGUCGACUGUCACCAAAUAGUAAAUACGCAGACAUUUGGUCGUUAUUUGAUGCCUGAAAAUGGUUGCUUUGCUAGCUCUCUUUUGAACAACACAGGUCCACUCUGUGUAAGCUGGAGUGGCUGCCAUGGGUGACACUUUGGAUUUCAAUGAGGUUUAUCAGGAGGUCAAAGGCUCCUGGAAUGAUGGGCGCCUGCGCUUCAGUAAGCAGACUGUGGUGUAUAAAAACAGUAAAACCGGGAAGGUGGACAGCAUUCCCGUCCCUGAACUCACUCAAGCCCAGUGGAGGAGAGUUUGUCUGGGUCAUGGCCUUAAACUGUCCACCAGCACUGGUCACAUCUACAAAUAUGAUGGCUUCAAAGAUACCGACUUUGAAAAGAUCUCAGAGUACUUCAAAGCCAACUACAAAGUGGAGCUGACAGAGAAAGAUAUGUGCGUGAAGGGCUGGAACUGGGGCACUGCGAAGUUUAGUGAACCGCUGCUUUCAUUCGAGGUAAAUGACAGCCCUGCAUUUGAGAUCCCACUUUCCAGUGUAUCCCAGUGUGCAACGGGAAAGAAUGAGGUCACAUUGGAGUUUCAUCAAAAUGAUGACACAGAGGUGUCCCUCAUGGAGGUGCGCUUCUAUGUCCCGCCCACCCCUGGAGACGAGGGUUCCGAUCCUGUAGAGGCAUUUGCUCAGAACGUUUUGUCCAAGGCAGAUGUGAUCCAGGCUACAGGAGAUGCCGUGUGUAUCUUCAGAGAGCUGCAGUGUCUCACACCAAGGGGCAGGUAUGAUAUCCGCAUUUAUCCAACAUUUCUCCAUCUGCACGGUAAAACGUUUGACUACAAGAUCCCAUACACUACAGUGCUCCGCCUCUUUCUUUUACCUCAUAAAGACCAGCGGCAGAUGUUCUUUGUGAUCAGUCUGGACCCGCCCAUUAAACAGGGUCAAACCCGUUAUCAUUUUCUUAUCCUCCUGUUCUCCAAGGAAGAGGACAUCAAUCUGACGCUUAACAUGAACGAGGAGGAGGUGGAGAAACGCUUUGAAGGGAAGCUUAAUAAAAACAUGUCUGGCUUUCUCUAUGAGAUGGUCAGUAGAGUCAUGAAGGCCCUGGUCAACAGGAAGAUCACCGUGCCUGGAAAUUUCCAAGGUCACUCAGGUGCUCAGUGCAUAACAUGUUCAUAUAAAGCCAGUUCUGGUCUGUUGUAUCCGCUGGAGAGAGGUUUCAUCUACGUGCACAAGCCUCCUGUACACCUGCGCUUUGAAGAGAUCGCCUGUGUGAACUUCGCCAGAGGAACCACCACCACCCGCUCCUUCGACUUUGAGAUCGAGACCAAGCAGGGCAAUCAGUACACCUUCAGCAGCAUCGAGAGAGAGGAAUAUGGAAAGCUUUUUGACUUUGUCAAUGCUAAGAAGCUAAGCAUUAAGAACAGAGGCUUUAAAGAGGGUAUCAAAGGCAAUGACAAUAUGUACAGUGACUCUGACGAAGACCAGCAUGAUGCCUACUUGGAGCGCAUGAAGGAGGAGGGCAAGAUCCGUGAGGAGGCCAACGGCAGCGAUAUCUCAGAGGGCGAGAGUGAUGAAUCUUUUAAUCCUGGAGAAGAAGAUGACGACAUUGCUGAAGAGUAUGACAGUAAGGCCUCUGCCAGUGAAAGCAGCGGCGAUGAAGGAGACAGCGAUGUAGACCGGAAGAAGAAACCAGCCAAGAAAGCAAAAUUUGUGAAAGAAAGACAACCACGCAAGAAAGUGAAAAAGGCAAAGGACAGCAACGCCCCAAAGAGACCAAUGAGCGCCUACAUGCUGUGGCUGAAUUCCAGUAGAGACCGCAUCAAAUCGGAGAACCCGGGCAUCUCUGUCACCGAAAUCUCUAAAAAGGCUGGAGAAAUGUGGAAACAACUCAGCAAAGAGAAGAAAGAGGAGUGGGAUGGAAAAUCAGAGGAAGCAAAGAAAGAGUACGAACGAGCGAUGAGAGAGUACAGGGAGAGCGGUGGAGGCUCCUCGGGCACCUCAAAAAGGGAGAGAAAGAGAAAAGGAAAGAAUGAAGAAAAGAGGAAGAAGUCUGGUGGCGGGAGAGAGAAAGAGAAAGAGCGAGCAACAGGCAACGACAGUUUUAAGAGUCGAGAGUUCAUAUCCAGUGAGGAGAGCUCAUCAGAGUCAGAGAGAGGCAAAAGACGCAAGCGCAAGGAGUCUGAUGAUGAAGAAGUGGCCAGCACACCACCGAGCUCUGAAGAGUCCGGCUCAGACUAAAGGACACAAAUGGUAGACCUAUGGAGGAACAAUCAUAUUUCAAUUCUUUCAUCUCUUUUAUUGUACAGUACAUGCUUUAAUGUACCUCUGAUACGGUAUGUUUUAGCAUCACUCUUCUAGAUCAUCAAGAUGUUGAGAAACUCUUGUGUAGUGUAUACACCGCACGUCUGGUCUCUGUAUGCUGUAUUGUCCUUUUUUAACUUCCUGUUUAUCUGUUUGGAUUAGGGCUGUCAAUAGAUUAAUUUGUUUUUAAUCGCGAUUAAUCGCACCCUUUUUGUGCGAUUAAUCGCACACGUAUAGUGAAAUUAAACAUACACUAUUUAUUUUGUUUAACAUGUUUAUUUUAGUGCUGUCAAUCGAUUAAAAAAAUUAACUAACUAAUCACACACAGCUUUUAUGUUUUUAAAUAUACUUUUGCGUUCUAAUAAUUUGACAUUUUAUCUCCAAAUUAAUGUAGAAACAACACAUUUCUUUAACAUCAUCUUUUUUUAAUGAAAGCCAACAUUCUAAUAUUGUUUGCUUUGCAACUGAUGUCUUUAUUAAAUAUAUAUUUAAAAAAUAUAUAUUUUCUACUAUUUUCACUACUCUUUGAAUUCAUUUAAGACUUUAUUUAACUCGAUUCUGACGUAGACUUUAGCUCAUGUGUACACCAGACGGGACCGCUGUCGCUUUGCGUUGAGCCGUGUUCCACAGCCAGAAGCUGUCAAUCUAUACUAGACAUGUCAAUACAACCAUUUCAAAUCUCGCCUAAAUAGUUUAAAGGCCUUUAUCUGAAUAAGAGCGUGAUUAUAUAAUGUAACGCUAGACAAUGAUGACAGAAAAAACGGAUGUUGCGUUAAUGGCGUUAAAUAUUUUUAACGCGUUAAUCUGAAAUGGAUAGCAUUACUGUACAUAACCACCACACUGCUCAAUUAUUCUUUAAUGUGAUUUUACGACCCCUUCUCCGUUUCAUGUGCGUAAGUAUAAAUGUGUGGUUUUUGAGAUAAAGAGCUUGUGGUUGUAACAAAAGCAGGGCAAUUUAAGCGUGGCAAAAAAACCUUUUCCGGCAAACCUAACAGACAGCCUAAAAACGCUGGUUAAUGGCGAAGUCUUGGAAAGUUAUUCAGUGGUAUAAAUUAAGGCCUUCUGUGUGUGGCAUAACAUAUAUUGUAAACAUAACAUUAUUUAUUGUUGAUCUUCUAAAGAAAGCAGACUGAUCCUUGUAACCUAAAAUCAGAAAUGUGUGCACAUACAUUGUGUUCUUUUAGCUUAAUUGGUAGAACAGUGCUGCAAAAAGGUCACGGGUCUGAACCCCAGAGAGGUCACGCGUGCAGAUAAAAUGUAUCUUGAAUGCACUGUAAGUCGUUUUGGAUACAAAUGUCUGCAAAAGGCAUACAUUUAAUGUAAAUAGUAUGUAUUUGGUGUGCGUUGCAAUUUCGUUGCCUUAUUUCAUCAUUGUGUAUUUGAAACUGAAAAUAAGAAUGCAUACUUUCAGUCUUUUAUGUAUUUCUCAGACAUACACAUAAAAUUACAUAAAUUACAUUAAAAAGUAUAUGCCUACUGGCAGAAAUAUGUCUAUUUGGCCAGUAUUUGUACACAAUCUUUUAAAACUAUAAUGAAGUAAUUCUGAGUAUUGGGUUGUAGUUGCAUUUACUCUUAAUGAUUGUCUAGCCUAUAUUAAAAUACAGUGACUAUUUUUAGUGUUAAAAAGCAAAAAUUGUGUAUUAAAAGUGUGUAAAUAAGUAUGAUAUUGGGCUGGUUUCCCGCACAGGGAUUAAGACUAGUCCUAGACUUAAAUAAAUGUUAGAGUUGUCUAAACUGAAAACAACUUGCACAGACAUUUCUUUAAAUACAUCAGUGCCAUUGUUUUGUCUAGAAAUGCACACAAGUAAUGCGUUUUUGUAAGUCAUGUUUGUAAAAACAACUUAAAUGUCCUAAUUUAACCAAGCCCUAGUCCUGACUGAAUCAAAUUCCCGUACAGGAAACCGCCCCAUUAAGUUCAAUUAAAGAAAACAAGUAUACUUAAAAACUACUGACAGUAUACUUCAAAGUGUACAUUCAUAAAGUAAAGAAUCAAGAAUGUUGCUAUUGAACUAGUAAAUGAUCAGUAUGCAUACACUUCAAUUUAUUGUAUUGCAGUACAAAUGACAAACUUAGUGGUAAACUUUCACUUGAAAGUCAGUAUACUUCUACAAUCUAAUAGUGGACCAAUUUAGUCCCAAAUAUCUAUAAAUGUACUACAAGUAUGCUAAUAAUGGUAUACUUACUACAUAAAGUAUACAUAAUAAUAUACUUGGGCUGUGUCUGAAAUUUCCCACUAUACCCUCAUUCACUAGUUCACUAAUAUAGUCCUCUUUAAGGAGCGGGUGAAAACGAGUGAGUAAAGUCGGACACUCGGUGCACUGGAAAUGCUGCGGGCACCAUCUUCUGCCGAUACGAUAGAUGGCUAGCAGCUAGCCAUGAGUGUACAUCGGUUGUACACUCGUUAUUAUGAUGCAUCAUGGGAUUGAAUGAGUGCACUCAAUAAUGUCCACUAUGAAUUCGGACACCACUAAAAAUGGAUGUCCCCUCAAAUAGUGCACUAUAUUAGGGUAUAGGGGGCUAUUUCGGACACUGAACCCUGAACUUUUCUUAAGUGUGCUUACAUUUUUUUAUUGCUACAUUUUUGCCUGCAUUUUUGCCAAUUAAAAAUAUGUUUCAAGGUAUUUCAUAUGCGUCAUCUCCCUUUUUUGUUUUGUCACCUCUUUUUUCUGGUAUGUCUGUCAUUUCUGCAUUUGCAUUAGUUCCUUUUUUGUGAAAGUCCCUCUGUUCGUAUCUGUUAUGGUUCUCUGUAUUUGUCUCAAUCGCGCCUCUCGGACCACUUUGCUGAUUAUUGCAUUUGAUGCAAUGAUGAUUUUGUUCACCAAUUUGUAUCGAGUCCCAUCCAUUUCUCUCUCCCGCUUUUUUGUACUUUGCAUCCUCGCUCCAUCUUGAGCUCCUGUUUCAAGACAAUCGAAUCAUCGUGAGACAUCUAACACUUAGCGCUUUCCUUGACUGAUAGAGAGCUGCAUAUACUGCAGUACUUGAGCAUAACCCCAGUCUGUCUCUUAUUUCAUUUGGUCUUCUGUCAUGCGUUACACUUAAGUUAAGCGUGUGUGUGGUUUUGUGGGGAAGCGAUUCCCAGCUGAUUUGUAGUUAUGAGAGAGAUAAUCACAAGCUUAAUGGUUGGUCAUGUGAAGAAAUGUUUCCUCUUAGUUGGUUAAUGUGGAUGCUUGUCUUAGCUCUGGUCGUGGAUCAAAAAGCUUUUGCCUAUGAACAUUUUUACUGGUGUGAUGUAUACAUAUAUACCGCCGAGAAAAAAUUAAGAGACCAUUCAAAAUGUUCAUGUAAUCAGUAUUUCUAGAUGUACUGUGGCCAUUUCGGUCCAGUGUCAAACCUUAGGAGAGACAUAAAGUCAUCCAACAGCAACGUGCAAGACUGGCAGCAGGACAAGACACAUGAAAACUGUCAUAAAAAUCGAGGUUAUCACAUAAAAAACAAUUGUAGAAAUUUUCCUAAAUACAUGUAGAAAUAUUACUGUGGUAUUGCUUAAAAGUGA